AUGGAUGGGUUGCGAACUGGAUUGCUCAGUGGGAACAUGUCUCGCAACCUGGACUUCCCCCAAUUUUUGCCAACCUUCCAACACAGAGGAGAGAGAGUUGAGCUGAGUUCCCUUUCAGAAAAGGCCAAUAACGGGUUGAUACAUGUGCUUUUAUAUGGAGGGCAGUUUGGUCAUUUCACGUCCACAAGUGAUUAUUUGAGAACACAAUUUAUUGUACAUGUUGAAUGGUUGGGAGAUUUAAAUUAUGUUUUCUCUACUAGUGAAAAUUCUGGUGGUGGUGGUGAUGAAGGUGGUGAUGAAAGAGAUGGAGGUGAAGGUGGUGAAAGAGGUAGUGGUGGAGGUGGUGGUUAUGAAAGUGGAGGUGGUGGUUGUGGUAAUGUUGGUGGUGGGGAUGGCGGUUGUGGAGGUGAAGGUGGAGGUGGUAGUAGAGAUGGAGGAGAAGGUGGUGGUCGCGUGGUGGCGGUGGUGUUAGUUGCAGAGGUAGUGGUGGUGGUGGUGGAAGUGGAUAAAGAGGUGAUGCUUGUGGUGGUGGGUGGUGGUUGUGGUGGUGGGGGCAGUGGCGGUGGCUGUGGUGGUAGUGGUGAGGCUGACUAUGCUUCUUUUGAAAGCAGUUUUGAAAAGCACUUUAGAGCCUGCUUUUAA